AUGCCAUCACCGCAAGCAACGCACCCAGCGGCAGCCACGACAGGCGGAAGCUCGACAACAACGAGCGGCGUGCGAUCUACGAAGCUUUGCUCAGCCUCAGUGUCCGCGGAGAUCUUCCUCACGGCGCAUACAGGAAGGUCGGACGAAUGUACAACUGCUAUUGGAAGACCGCUGCGCGCAUCUGGCAACGAGGUGUGGCCUCACUUCGUGGCGGCAGCGCGGUCGCCAUCGUCGACUCCAAACUUAAAGGUAAUUUCAACCGAAAACGAACUGCCGAGGAAAUUGGCGGUGAGAGCCGUGCCGUACAUGGCGCGCCAAACCUUGCGUUCUUUGGCCGCCCACUCUCGAAUUCCCAAGACCACCCUCGUCCGCCACAUGAAAGAAGUGAAGACUCUCAAUGCCAAGUCAAGUUAUUCGAAGCCACUCCUAACAGAAGACACUCAACGACUUCGCGUGGAGCAUGCGCUAUCCUUUCUUUCACAGUCCCUACAACAUCAAAAGCAUUCGCGCACCAUCAACGAUCUGAUUGAAAACACUGAAAACUCGUAUGAUGAGCUGCCCAUGGAAACAUUGUCAAAAACCUUCAUCACCCUACAAAAGGUGAUGGAGAAAACACUUGAAACCUUCGGAACGAACGAUUACAAGAUUCCCCAUAUGAACAAGAAUGCCAUCAAGGACGUGACGUUGUACAACGUUCGAUGCGACCCAUCAGUGCACAAGAAUGCCGUCGCCUUCCUCAGCCAGCGACCCUUGAAUUCCCAAAAAGGUAGUACACAGCGACAGACCAACUUGCCUAUGCCCGUGCUGCACCCCUCGCGCCGCCGACCAUGGCAACCCAUGCCAUCGCUUCCUGUUGCACUCGUGUACACGUGCAAUCUGUGCAAGGACAACGUGCAGUGCUCGUACAACCAAGUCGACACACACUUCAAGCGGCAGCAUGCCGAAUAUACUGCGGCAGUUCACAAGGAUCACUGCACGAGGUAUCGGGCCUUGGAGAGGACUCGGGGAACAACCAAGGCGGCAAUGAACUAG